UUGUGCUAAUUUUGUAAAUGUUUGUGACUUUGAAGAGAUGUCAGAAAUCCGAGAGAGAAAGCCGUCGGUGAGCGGUGGGAUGGUAGGGCCGGGCGGGUCAUCACUCAUGUGUCGAGCGGCCGAACACUCGGAGAACAUCGCAAAGAAACUGCUCGAAGAGGCAGAGAAUGUGGAGAUUGUCAUGAGGAAAGUGCUCAACAAUGCCUGGAAUGUGUGUCACUUCACAGAACUGCCGCAAUGGCUCAAAGACAACGACUAUCUGGUGAUGGGUCACAGGCCUCCCCUCUCCUCAUUCAAGGCGUGCUUUUGGUCCAUAUUUCGAUUGCACACCGAAACGGGCAACAUCUGGACCCACGGCGUCGGCUGUUUGCUGUUCUUAGGGCUGGCCAUUCACGUGUAUGGCUACCAGUACUCGGACAUUCCCUUUAUGGACAAAAUAGUGUUCGGCUGCUUCUUCGCCGGUGCCAUCAUAUGCUUAGGACUGUCCACAUGUUAUCACACACUCAGCUGUCACUCACACGCAGUCGGACGCCUCUUCUCCAAACUGGAUUACUGUGGGAUAGCUUUGUUGAUCACCGGCUCGUUUGUCCCGUGGCUUUACUAUGGCUUCUACUGUUCAUUAAUGCCUAAGAUUUUCUACUUGUGUUUAACCAUAUUCCUGGGCUUCUCAUCAGUCAUAGUCUCGCUUUGGGACAAGUUUUCAGAGCCGCACUUCCGACCGCUGAGGGCCGGCGUAUUCAUGUCGUUCGGCCUGUCGGGUGUCAUACCAGGCGUGCAUUGGCUUAUUAGUCACGGCCUCACCUCUUGGAUUGAGUCCUCCAUAAGGGCUUCGUUCACAAGUCUUAUCGUAAUGGGAGUCCUGUAUAUAUUGGGCGGAGUUCUCUACGCCUCCCGAAUACCCGAGAGAUUUUUCCCCGGAAAAUGUGAUUAUUGGUUCCAUUCGCAUCAAUUGUUUCAUAUACUGGUAAUCUGUGCGGCAGUUGUACACUAUCACGGCAUCACAUGUAUGGCCGACUAUCGGCUCAACUCACCCCACGCUGUCUGUCCCAAUACUUGUGAAUCGGUUCGUGAGUUCAAAGUGGAUCCCGAAAACAACCAGUUCCUCAAAGAUGGUCAACCAUUUCGUUAUGUCUCGGGAACUCUUCAUUACUUUAAAGUGCCGUCAGUUUUAUGGUUGGAUCGGAUGACCAAAUAUAAAGCCGCCGGACUUAAUGCCAUUCAAACUUAUAUUGAGUGGAAUUUUCACGAACCAGAAGAGGGUGUCUUUGACUUUGAAGGCGAUAGAGAUCUCAUUAAAUAUCUGCAAACCGCUAAUGAUUUGGGACUUUUGGUUAUCCUAAGAACCGGGCCUUUCAUUGAUGCCGAAAGAGAUUUGGGAGGACUUCCAUAUUGGCUAUUGUCUAAUAAUCGAGACAUGAAAUUAAGGACAUCUGAUCCGUCGUAUGUGAAAGCCGUCGAAAAAUGGUUUUCACUGUUGUUACCAAAGUUGGUGCCAAUGCUAUAUAAAAACGGCGGACCAGUUAUUAUGGUUCAGAUUGAGAAUGAAUACGGAAGUUAUUAUGCCUGCGAUUAUGGAUACACUUCUCAUUUACGGGAUUUACACAUUCACUACUUCGGCAAAGAUAUCCAAUUGUUCACCACUGAUGGCAAUGGGGACUCUUACUUAAAGUGUGGGAAAAUAGAUAACGUGUUCGCAACCGUCGAUUUUGGUCCCGAUGCCGAUCCCGUCAAGUCAUUCAUAGCCCAGAGAGCGCACCAGGAGUUUGGGCCAUACGUUAACUCCGAGUACUACACGGGUUGGAUCGACCACUGGGAACGACCCCAUUCUACCGCCACUUCUCUACAAGUGUGCAAAACAUUGGACGCUAUGUUAGCUCUGAACGCAUCCGUCAAUCUAUAUCCACUUCACGGCGGAACGAGCUUUGGAUUUGAUUCGGGUGCUAAUAUAGAUAACAAUUUAUACGAUCCAUGUAUUACGAGCUAUGACUUCAAUGCGCCCCUCACUGAGGACGGAGACCCCACUCAGAAAUACUUUGAUGUCCGCAACGUUAUUGGAAAAUACUUAUCACUUCCUAACGUUACACUCCCGGUGCCGUCACCUAAAAUGGAGACCAAACCAAUAGUUAUGAAACCAAUUCUUAAUAUAUAUGACAUUAUCUCAUCCCUAACUCGCAUUGAAUCGGUAUAUCCGAUGAGUUUCGAAGAAUUGAGAAUAAAGAGUGGAUUUAUUCUCUACUCGACAAACAUUACAUUCAAACCGUCAGAUCCGGCCGUUUUGUCUAUAGAUGGACUCAAAGAUAGGGCACAAGUGUUUGUCGACCAGAAAUAUGUGGGAACUUUAAGCCGGACACAAAGUAUCACUAAAAUAGGCCUGGACAUUGAGUUGGGAUCACAACUGGAUUUGUUGGUUGAAAAUCAGGGAAGACUUGCUUAUGGAAACACAAUCAAUGAAUUGAAAGGGAUCACAUCUAAUGUAACAAUAGGUCCCGUAGUAGUGAAGGAUUGGGGCCAUUAUUUAGUGUUUAAGAAUUGGACUAAAAGUAUGGCUAUUAUUGAACAUUAUUCUGAUGUCAUUCCAACACUUCCCACUCCAGCCAAAGAGAGUUCAUUUGAUAGGAUUCCCUCAUUCUAUACGUCAGACUUUGUUUUACCCGACACUAAGGGUUACCCUUUCGAUACAUUCCUACGUCUGGACGGAUGGCGGAAAGGAAUUGCAUUUCUUAAUGGCUUUAAUUUGGGUCGAUAUUGGACUGUCGGCCCACAACUCACACUAUACUCACCCAAACACCUGUUCAAUGCAUACCCCAAACCAAACAAAUUAAUUGUCUUUGAAUUGGAAAGAUCUUCAAACAAUGGUCAACCCUUUCGUUAUGUGUCCGGUUCUAUACACUACUUCCGAGUGCCAGCCGUUUUAUGGGCCGACCGUUUGAUGAAAGCAAAACAGGCCGGACUUAAUGCCAUUCAAACAUAUAUUGAAUGGAAUUCUCACGAACCGGAGGAAGGGUUCUAUAACUUUGAAGGCGAUUACGAUUUGAUUCAAUUCUUGAAGACAGCUAAUGACUUGGGAUUAUUGGUUAUCCUAAGAACCGGACCAUUCAUUGACGCCGAGAGAGAUUUUAUUGAGAAUGAAUACGGAAGUUAUAAAGCGUGUGAUUAUGGAUACACUUCCCAUUUACGGGAUCUACACCACAAACUUUUGGGUCACGACAUGACACUAUUUACCACCGAUGGUGAUGGCGAUGGAUAUCUAAAGUGUGGAAAAAUAGAUAACGUGUUCGCAACCGUUGACUUCGGGCCGGGAAGUGAUCCAAUCGAUGCAUUUCAUACACAACACGUUCACCAAGAGUUCGGACCGAGUGUUAACUCCGAGUACUACACGGGUUGGCUCGACCACUGGGAAACACCUCACCAGACGGUCAACACCACUGCUGUCACCGAAACAUUGGACGCGAUAUUAGCACAAAACGCUUCCGUCAACCUGUACAUGUUUCACGGGGGCACCAGUUAUGGAUUCAGUGCCGGUACCAGUACUCAAGAUAUGGGAUCUAUAAUUCCCUGCCCUACCAGUUAUGACUACGACGCUCCACUCAAUGAGGCCGGGGAUCCAACUCCUAAAUACUUUGCCAUCAGAAAAAUAAUCGCAAAAUACCUACCACUUGACAACGGCACACUUCCAGUGCCUUCACCAAAAAUGGAGUCCAAACCAAUUGCGAUGACACCUGUCCUUAAUUUAUAUGACGUUAUCUCAAUCCAAACCGCCAUUGAAUCGCUAUUUCCACUGACUUUCGAAGAACUGAGAGUAAGAGAAGGGUUUAUACUCUACUCGACAAACAUAACAUUCAUUCCGUCAGAUCCGGCAGUUUUGACAGUAAAAGGACUUAAAGAUAGGGCACAAGUGUUCGUCAAUAAAAAAUAUGCGGGAACUUUAAGCCGAACUCAAAACCUCUACGAAAUGGGUUUAGACAUAGAGUUAGGUUCACAACUGGAUUUGUUGGUUGAAAACCAGGGAAGACUUUGUUAUGGGAAUUCAAUCAAUGAAUUAAAAGGUAUCACAUCUAACGUAACCAUAGGUCCGGAUAUAAUAGAGAAUUGGAGCCAUUAUUUGGUGUUUAAGAAUUGGACUGAAAGUAUAACUCAUAUUCAAGAAUAUUCUAAUAUUGUGUCUUCACUUCCCAUUCCACCGACGAAGAGCUCAUUUGAUAGGAUUCCCUCAUUCUAUACGUCAGACUUUGUUUUACCCGACACUAAGGGUUACCCUUUUGAUACAUUCCUACGUCUGGACGGAUGGCGGAAAGGACUCGCAUUUCUCAAUGGAUUCAAUUUGGGUCGAUAUUGGACUGUUGGCCCACAACUCACACUAUACUCACCCAAACACCUGUUCAAUGCAUACCCCAAACCAAACAAAUUAAUUGUCUUUGAAUUGGAAAGAUCUUCAGACACUAGAACCGUUCAAUUCGUGACACAAAGUGUAUUGAAUGCAACGACUCCUUACACAAAUAUUUCAUUUGAAACCGAUUUCGUAUAA